AUGAGACCUGGGGAGGAGCUACCUGGGGAAGGGGGCGCCUGCGUUGGCUUCUCCCAGCUGGAGCUGCUGAAGCUAAGCGCCGCGGAGCGCAUCGACGAAGCGGCCGAGCGGCUAGGGGCCCUGAGCCGCGCGAUCUGGAGCGAGCCUGAGUUGGCCUACGAGGAGCAUCAAGCUCAUGGCGUGCUGACGCGCUUCUUCCAGCAGGAGCCACCGGCCGCCUCCUGGACAGUGCAGCCGCACUACCAGCUGGCCACGGCCUUCCGGGCCGAGUGGGAGGCGCCUGGGGUCCGUGCGGCGCCGGGUGCUGCGGGGCGCCCACUGCACCUUGGCUUCCUCUGCGAGUACGACGCGCUGCCGGGCAUCGGGCACGCCUGCGGCCAUAACCUGAUUGCAGAGGUCGGGGCGGCAGCAGCUCUGGGCGUUAAGGGGGCCUUGGAGAGCCUCCCGGGGCCGCCUCCGCCGGUGAAGGUAAUUGUCCUGGGAACCCCUGCAGAAGAAGAUGGUGGUGGCAAAAUUGAUUUAAUUGAAGCAGGGGCUUUUAAAAAUCUUGAUGUUGUUUUUAUGGCCCAUCCAUCCCAAGAGAAUGCUGCUUAUCUGCCUGAUGUGGCUGAACAUGAUAUGACUGUGAAGUACUAUGGAAAAGCGUCCCAUGCUGCUGCUUAUCCCUGGGAAGGAGUAAAUGCAUUAGAUGCUGCUGUUCUUGCUUACAACAAUCUAUCUGUGUUACGACAGCAAAUGAAACCAACCUGGAGAGUGCAUGAUCAGGCUAUGGUGUUACUGGUAGAAAUUAAAGGUGGAGCACAUGAUUAUUACAAUGUUCUUCCCAAUAAGAGCCUAUGGAAAGCUUAUAUGGAAAAUGGGAAAAAGCUGGGAAUAGAAUUUAUUUCAGAAGAUGCAAUGUUAAAUGGCCCAUCAGGAUCUACUGAUUUUGGAAAUGUGACUUUUGUGGUUCCUGGAAUUCAUCCAUAUUUUUACAUUGGCUCUAAAGCCCUGAAUCAUACCGAACAAUAUACUGAAGCUGCAGGAGCACAAGAAGCUCAGUUCUACACUUUGCGUACAGCCAAAGCUCUGGCAAUGACUGCGCUGGAUGUUAUCUUUAAACCAAAGUUGCUAGAAACUAUCAGAGAGGACUUCAAAUUGCAACUUCAAGAAGAAGAAUUUUUAAAUUCAGUAGAAUAA